ACCCGAUUUACAGAGUAUAGUUCGUCCAAUUUUGAGCGAGAGGGUGCGAUCUUAGAGCAUAGAAAACAUUUUGUGAGGAGCGUUUAGUGCUACUUUUGGAACUGUUGGUUAAGGUAGCAGAUAGAAAUGGCAAUGGCAGUUACAUCCUACAGUGUGCUGUCAUUUGCUACUUACACAUACAAUUCAGUGUCAUUUAAGUUUGCAGUUGCUUACUUGCUGCUUGUAUCUGCAUCAAGAUUAUGGAAACAGAAUACAAAGCCCAUCCACUUAAGCAAGCUGAUGAGCGCCUACAACUAUGCCAUGGCACUUGCCAAUGCCAUCUGCUGUGGCAUGUUCCUCAUGGCACUGUUCAAGUGUGACAAGUUCUUCAGCAAGGCCCGUGACCCUCGAGUGGAGACUGCAUCACUGCUCUACUGGCUGCUGAAGAUUGCUGAGCUUCUGGAUACAGUGUUCAUGCUUCUGCGCCACAAGACGAACCAGAUCAGCGUGCUGCACGUGUACCACCACACCAGCAUGGUGCUGCUCACCGACUAUUUCUACCACCUGGCACCCUGGCCUGCCAUCUCGUUCCCGGUCAUGGUCAAUGCCUUCGUGCACGUCUGCCUUUACACCUACUACGGAAUGACCUCGUCGUCGAUCUCGGUGCCGCUGCAGUGGAAGCGGCGGAUGACGCAGCUGCAGAUCGCGCAGUUUGCCGUGGGUCUGGCGCACGCCACGCUGGGCUACCUUCGUCACGGCUUCUGCGGCUACAGCAUCCUCUAUGCCAUCACCAUGAUCGUGCUGUUCGGAAACUUCUACGUCCAGGCGUAUGUCAGAGAAAAGAAACCAAAGAAGAAGGCUGUAUGAAGUUGAUGCUCAUUUGCUUUCGUGGCACGUUGUGGACUUACACUCCUCAGUCCUUAGUUCAAGCCUCGUUCCCACGACCAGGACGAAGAAGAAGCCGAAUUUUCACGUGUUGUGGACGCCGUUGAUGAUGGUAAUGAAUCUGUGUUAGCUUUGUAGGAUUUACUUUGUUGUAUGCCACAUGUGUACUAACAGGCCAGUAAGCACGUCGCGGUGUUCUUCGUGUGCAGAUGAGAAAUAGUAGACUGCCUGCUUCAUUUUGUAAGUGGCGGAAGUCAUCGAAGGGUAACAAACUGUCAGUACAAGCAAACAUGGCAUUGCCCACUCCACUGCCAACAUCCGAGUCAAUUCGUGAAUGGGUUGUGUGCACCUGGCUUGCUCGAAAUUUGGUGCGAAUUGUGGAUCUGCCACAUCAGGCAUAACGUUUGUGUUCCGCCAAGCCCAUGCGCUCAGAAUGAAACCCUGGGGCCACGUGUGUGGUAUUAAUUGAUAAUGUUUUAUUGUGCUUGUUGAGAUUUUGCGCCUUACUCAUCGUCCGGUUGCCAUAUCUGCUGCAAUUCGUUGGAUUUUUACACCGAGCCCAUUGUUGUUCUAUGCCCCUUUAUUAGCAUUUGCGCGUGUGGCGAUCGCUUUUGGGGCGGGGAAUAUUAGUUCGAGGCCUUUAUUGAAUAAGAGGAGGUUUUUUAACCUUAUUUUUACUCACUUGUUUCAUGUCAAACGCGUUUUAACCCUUCGCGUUCACUCUCUUUAAUUCGGGAGUUAUAGUAACAAAAGGUAAUGUGACGCGUAUGCUAUGCUUCAGUUCGCGUUCAUGACAUGUGCUGGUACUAGCAAGGGCACUUUUGUCACACAUGGCAAGUGUAUUGGACUGGUGGACAUGUUUCCGCAAGUGCAGUUGACACCGCAUCCGAUUGCACGUGGACGAUUAUGUCUG